AUGAACCCACUAAGCAUUCGAAUCCAUCUGUGCCCACAAAUCCCACUUUCCCAUCGCAUCAAUGACUCGCCAGGUCGACGCGGACAGUCAAGAAGGGAGUUCUGGGAAACGAUCAAAAGAGACAACAAAACCGUUAUCGCUGUCACGUUGAAUGACGCUGUGAACAGUCCCGAUGAAACAGGCAGAUGGCUGAAGUUUGUUGUGAUCUCCGAUACGCAUGAUCAACUGGGAGAGAUGAUGGAGAAAAUCCCGAUCCCCGAUGGAGACGUUUUGAUUCACUGUGGAGACAUGACGAAUCGAGGAGAAAAAGAGAAAUUGGAAGCGCUCAACGAGCAAUUUGGCCAAUUACCGCAUAAACACAAAGUAGUUGUCGCCGGAAAUCACGAUCUCGGCUUUGACGAUACUGAGGAUUGGAGUAAACGACACUACAAAUAUCCAAAUGAUGGAACGAGAGAAGGGUACAAAUUGCUGACGAAUGUCACCUGGUUACAUGAUAAAGCACAUGAGAUUGAAGGCAUCAAAAUCUAUGGUAGUUCUUGGCAUCCGUUGAGGGGAUAUCCAUUCUACGUGGAUCGGGGUGAGAAAAUGGCGGCCAAAUGGAUGAAAAUGCCGGAUGAAGUCGAUAUUCUAAUCACACAUGCGCCACCAUUGGGCUACUUGGACACAUUUGGUACGGAACGAUGGGGUGAUUAUGAUCUAUUACAAGCGAUUGAGAAGCGGAAUCCAAAAUUCCACGUUUUCGGCCACGUGCACGAGAGCUACGGAUCAGCGACGAAUAAUCGAACGACUUUCAUCAACGCGGCCGCUUGUCUCAAAUCGAACACCCUCUCCAAUAAACCCAUCGUUUUCUAUAUGAAAGUCCCAAACAGC